AUGACGAAAAUCAUUCUCUCUACGGGCAAUGUCAUGUCCGGAAGCCCUUCCAUCAUCCGCAAAGCCGGCGGCAAGAGACCAAGAUCGAACCUGGAACUCGUCAACUCUCUCCGGGACAACUUUGUGGCCACGCGCCUAGAUUAUGCGAUUGCUGCGUCGCCAGUGACAGCCAACGGCGCCAACACUCUGCCUUCGCCGCCCCAGACGCCGGUGGAACUGUGGACCGAGCGAGACGAGAAGACGCUGUACAUUCCGAGGAUCAACUGGCAGGCUGCCGGUCUGCGCGAGGAGGCCAGCGACUACGAAAUCACCGUCAAGCUGUUCCUGCUUCCCGGCACGACGGUCCAGGACCGCGAGCAGUAUGCGCGCGAGGCGCUGGACCUUGUGCGCAAGGAGCUCGGCAUCCAGACCAUCGACCUUCUGAUCGUCUCCUUUCCCGGAAUGUCGUUUGAAGGCACCUGCGAAAAGGCAGCCGAGCGAAUCAACGCCCAGCAGGGAAACCUGGAAGAGGAGCUUGCUUCCUGGAAGGUCUUUGAGGACCUGCACAGUCAAGGCCUUGCCAAGCGCCUCGGCGUUGCCGAGUUUGGCAGCGAGAAGCUCCGUGCUUUUCUCCAGCAGACGGCGAUCCGCCCGGCCGUCGACCAGGUCAACCUCCAGGACUGCUGUAACGUUCCCGAGCCUCUCUUGAAGUUGGCGGAAGAAGAGGGCGUGGAGCUGCAUGUCCACACCGAUUGCACCGAUAUCCUUCCGCGCGGCACGCUGCGGGAGCUCCUCGGCCACGGGCCCCAGGGCGCCGGAGUGCUGGCCGAUCCUGCUAAUGGCGGUGCUGGUCUGGAAGGCGAACUCUUUCCCCAAUGGGUUGCUCGAUAUGUGGCAUAUGUCAAGGACCGCGGCGUGAUUGAGAACAAGGGCUACUUUGCGGGGGCUGCGCUUCAAUAA